AGUCCUAAAAUCAUCUGAUAAUUUAGAGAGAGAGAGAGAGAGAGACAGAGUACGAGAAUGUUACAGUGUUGUUACAGACCAUUAGAAUUUUGUUUCGGAGAAGCCGGUCGUGGAGGCAAAGGAAGUGAUGAUCUAUUAUGGCAUAUGGAUUUAAAGCCUCAUGCUUUUGGUGAUUAUUCAAUUGCAGUUGUUCAAGCUAAUUCAAAUCUUGAAGAUCAAGGUCAAGUCUUUACAUCUCCUUCAGCUACAUACGCCGGCGUUUACGACGGCCAUGGUGGACCGGAGGCUUCUCGAUUUAUCACCAGCCAUAUGUUUUCAUAUCUUCAUAAGUUUACAUCAGAACAAGGAGGGUUAUCAGUAAAUGUGAUGAAAAAGGCAUUUGAUGCAACAGAGGAAGAGUUUGUAAGAAUAGUAGAUCAAUCAUGGAGAAGUAAACCACAAAUAGCUUCAGUUGGUUCUUGUUGCCUUGUUGGAGCAAUUUCGAAAGAUAUGUUAUAUGUCGCGAAUCUAGGCGACUCGAGGGUAGUUCUUGGCCGCAGAAUGUCAAAUAGUAACAACAUAGAGGCUGAGCGGUUAUCGAACGAUCAUAAUGUCGGUGAUGAGGAAGUUAGGAAGGAAGUUGUGGCGCUUCACCCCGAUGAUUCUCACAUCGUGUUGUACACUCACGGUGUUUGGCGUAUAAAAGGGAUUAUUCAAGUAUCAAGAUCAAUUGGAGAUGUGUACUUGAAGAAGCCAGAGUUUAGCAAAGAUCCUCAUUUCUGGCAAAUAGGUUUACCAAUUUACUUAAAAAGACCAGUUCUUUCAUCAGAUCCUUCAAUUCUAUCAAGAAAACUUAGCCCACAAGAUGCUUUUCUAAUAUUUGCAUCUGAUGGUUUAUGGGAGCAACUUACUGAUCAAGAAGCUGUUGAAAUUGUCAUGAAAAAUCCAAGAGCUGGAAUUGCAAAACGAUUGAUUAGAGCUGCAGUUGGAGAGGCAGCAAAGAAGAGAGAAAUGAGUUACGGAGAAAUGAUGAGAAUUGAGAAAGGUACAAGGCGAAGUUACCACGAUGAUAUAACCGUGAUAGUCCUUUAUCUCGAUCAACAAAGAAGAGAAGACCGGAAAGGUCAAUGUGUGAUCGAUUGCACUAACGCACCUGUCGAUGUUUACUUACUUAAUACAGACGAAGCAGACACUGGUCACCUCCUUAGAACAGUGGUUACUUAAUUUUGGUUGUUUAAGAAAGAAUUUCAAUAUACUAGGUUUCACUAUUGAUAUGUUAUAGGCUUUUGUUUAGAAAUUGCUCAAAUUACUCGUUCAACUUAUGCGUGUUGAUUUUCAAAUAAUACCCUUGUUUAUUUGUACAUUUUUUCG